UGGCUGAGAAUCUGCACACUCCCCCACGGAUAUCAUAUCAGAAAAAGAAUAAAAACCCAUAAAAUUUAGCAAAUCCAAACUUUCAUAAGCCAAAAGUAAAAUUGAAAUAAAAAAGUUUGGAUCACAAACCUUUUGGCUCAUGCGUGGUAACUCUUCCCUCCAAAACAGACAAACCAGAUGCUCAAUACCUGCUUUCAUCUGCUUUACCCACAACCUCUACUGACAACCCAAAUCCAAAUCCAAGCUUUUUCUUCCAAAUUUCAAUGCAAGACUCAAUCUUUUCCCCAUAAAUCCCCAUCAAUCACAUGUUUUCCUCACUUCCUCACCAGAAUCCCAUCUGGGUACCCAAGGUUUUUUCUGGGUGCUCUGUGUUCUUCGAGUUCAUUGUGUUCUGCUUCGCUAGAGGGGGAAGAUUUCGACGUGGAAUUGGGCCGUCUUUUGGCACUUUUGCCUGAAGAAAUGCGGCGGAGGGUCAGCGAGCACCCAGAGCUUCACCAGUUGAUUGAAGUGGUUAUGGACUUGGGUCGGAAGCCUUUGGCCCGGUUUCCAUCUGGGGACUUUGUGCUGUCGGAGCUUCCGAUCACGCUUCAGGAUCUCGAACAAGCUACUUCUCAGGUUGGUGAUUUUGCCGUUGACAAUCGAGCAGGCAUUAGUAGGACAUUACACCGCAUUAGUGCCAUUAGGAAUCGAAAGGGUGUCAUUAUUGGUCUAACUUGUCGUGUUGGGAGGGCAAUAUCAGGCAGUGCUGGUUUGCUGCGUGAUUUGGUUCAAGAUGGCGGUUCUUUGUUACUCAUUGGGCCUCCAGGGGUAGGAAAAACAACAAUUAUCAGGGAAAUUGCUCGAAUGCUUGCAAAUGAUUAUAAGAAACGUGUGAUGAUUGUUGACACCUCCAAUGAGAUUGGUGGGGAUGGUGAUAUACCCCAUGGAGGAAUAGGCAGCGCCCGACGAAUGCAGGUCCCCUUCUCUGAUAUGCAACAUAAGGUCUUGAUAGAGGCUGUUGAAAAUCAUAUGCCACAAGUGAUUGUAAUUGAUGAAAUUGGCACUAAACUUGAAGCAUUGGCUGCAAGCACAAUUGCGCAACGUGGAAUUCAGCUAGUUGCCACUGCUCAUGGUGUAACUAUUGAGAAUUUAAUAAUGAACCCUUCAUUAGAGAUGCUUGUUGGAGGAAUACAGAGCGUGACACUGGGAGAUGAAGAGGCCAACCGGAGGGGGGUUCAGAAGACAGUGCAAGAAAGGAAAGGCCCUGCAACAUUUAGUUGUGCCGUGGAGAUAAUUUCAAAGGAUGAAUUGAGAGUUCAUUGUAGCUUAGAAACAACAGUGGAUGCUAUUCUCUCAGGUCGUUUCCCAAAAUUUGAGGUUCGUAAAAUGCACUCUUGGGGACCAGAAACUACUGAAAGGGAAAAUUUUACUUACAGUUCCUUGGAUGAAGAGGAUGAAGAGGACGAAGAUGUUUUUGAAGAUGCUCUAGAUACGGCCGAUAAAGGAUCUGGCCAUAUUGAUUUCAACCCUGAGGUCUCUCAAAAUAUGCGAGAGGAUUAUUGGGCUGUAGGAAAGCAACUUCGCGUGUUUGUUUAUGGGAUCCUAGAAGCCAGCGUGAUACAAGUGAUUAAACAGUUGAAGAUGGAUGAAGCUGCUGUACAGUUAACAGAUGAUAUUAGCCGGGCAGAUGCGCUACUUGCCUUGCAAUCGAAGCUUAAGAAGAAUCCCCGGCUUCAAGCUGUUGCUAAGUCUUAUGGAGCACCUGUUUAUGUCACUAAGUCAAACUCAUUGGUGGAAAUUAGAAAGGCAGUUAGAGCAUUGACUAGUGAUCAUAAAGAUGGUCUGAAGGAUUACGGGUCAGUAGACAAUGUGAAGUCAUCUGAAAUGAUUGAUGCUUUAGAGGAGGCAAGAAUAGCCAUUGAGCAGGUUGUAAUUCCGAAAGGUGAACCUGUGGAACUUCUUCCGAGGCCAUCCCACAUUAUGUCUGCUCAGAUGGACCUUAUUCGCAAGUACCAACUAGAAGCAGAAAGAAUUGGUAAGGAGCCAGAUGUGCGACUCCGCAUCCUUCCAUUUCAUUCUACGACAAUAGAAGAGAAUCAUACUAGCAAAAGAGUUGGUGCCGAUGAUGGAUUUGAUGACUUUCUUGAUACCAACGGUAACACGAAUGGUUCACUCCCCAUUGUGGACAGAUUGCCAUUACUUCCUGAAUAGCUUUUGGGGUGUUGUUAAAGCAUUGCUAGCGUUUUACUGCUAAAAUUCAUGAUGCCACCUGCGAGCUUGGGUGAGGGUGUCUGCAAAUCUGUAAUAUUACAUCGUAUUACCAUGUUCGUAAGAGAGAGAGAUGAUGAUAACAUUUAAUCAGAUUGUACCGAUAUCAUGCUUACGUUUGAACUUUGAAGUGAAACAAAUGUUGUAUGAUCUUGAUUUCUGUCGAAGAAACAUGUCAUUACUUUGUUUUUUUA